AUGACAUAUGAAGAAUGGAAUGAGCUGGUGUUUGCAGAAGCAAGAGUGCUUCUUGUUUCCUUCACUUCUAUGGAGUCCAUUCAGUAUAAGUUUGAGCUAAAGGGAUUGUUGGCUGUUAGCAGCGAAGGAAGGAGGAAACUGUUGUUUGACAGUGUACGAGAAUUGCGGGCAUUGGGAUUGACUCCUCAUUUGUUAGCAUGUCGCUCAGCUCAGGUCAUUGGUGCAAGGAAAAAAUUGAUAUAUUUUAGUUAUUUUCUAGCCUCUGUUGUUGCCACAAAAGUGAAAUUAUCACAGUUUUGUCAUGCGGUGGAUAAUAUUCUUAAUGUCCAUGAUGUCCCAAACAUCUGGCAUGUUCCUCUUUUGCUGCAGAACCAAAAUGGCCAUUUAGACAUUCUAAAACAACUGGAUUGCCUAAGCAAUGCGAUACCCCCCAACUUAGAGGAGUGGACUACAAGAGCAGAGACUUUUGACAAUCUAAAAAAUUCUGUCAGGAAAGCGCUAGUCGGGAAGUAUAUUGGCCUAACAGAUUCUUAUUUGUCUGUUGUGAAGGCCCUCUUGCACACCUGUAUUGCAUGUUCGAUAGGGCCAUCAAUUGACUGGAUUGCAGCUUCAGAUCUUGAAGAUGCUACGGCUAAUUCUGCACCGGAGUCUCAUGCUGCUGCAUGGGAGACUCUAAGGUCCUUGAUGCAUGGAGAGGGGAUUCUGUUUAUGCUGCUGCUGCCUUAUAAUUCUGAGUACAAACCUUCACCAGGGUGGAUUAUCAUGAGAAGAGUGAAGACUGGAUAUGAAAAUACAGAUAGACCUGUGGUUGCAGUAGUGAAGUUAAGAGUUAUCAAGUACAAGAUUGAUCAGAAGAGGUAUACUGCCUCAGAUCGUUACCGUAAUACCGUGUCUGGGAAAGAUGUUGUGAAGAUUCUAAUGGGUCGUAUGAGAGAUCAAGGAGGAGAAAUGCCACUACAUAUUGGAUGGUUGUGGAAGUUCCAAAGAAGCUCGUCUAAUCAUGGUUUCUUAGAUGUCAGACACACUCAUGAGCGUAUGGAUGAGAUCCAGAAGGUCCUAUUCCGUUUUAGUAGAAGAUUUGGCACCACACGAGCAUGA